AUGCAUUCGAGCCAUCUACUGCAUCUCUUCCUCUUGGGGAGCAGUUUUGUUCUAUUUCAAGCUAACGCUGAAGAGAUUACACUUAAAGAAAUGUUCGAAACCAUGGAAGGAGAUUUAGCCACCACCAGAGACUACUGUUUAAAAGACAGUUCAAUAACUCUUGACGAUCUGAAACUUUACAAAGAUCCUGAACAACUUCCUGAAAAUCAGGCUUGUUUUUACAAAUGUCUGUAUAUACAAACUAAGAUUAUUGGUCCUGAUGGUGAAGUGGAUGUUGAUGCUCUUGAAGUUUUGCCAGGGUUAGAUAAAUCAAAAUUUGGAGAAGUGAAAAAAUGUGUGGAAGAUUUCGAUAAAGUUGUGACAUGCCUGGAUAUGAGAAAAAUUGCGAAGUGUAUAGAUUUGGCAGUGACAGUUUAAAUUUUAGAAAUAGUUUCUUUUGUGUUUUUGUAUUACUACCCAUAUGUUAGCUGUCUUUGGAAAUAUGCAAUAAAUUAUUACAUACUCGCUUUAAAAUUUGCACAUUCUUUAUUAUGGCAUUUUUUUUAGCAAAAUAACAAAAACUGAAAGUAAA